GUUCAGGGACGAUGCUCUUCCGGGUUACCGUACAGAUUUGUCAAAUAGCCCGUGCAUGGCAUGGUUGUCAGGAUUGCCUUCGAUUGGGUGGACAUUUUUAUCAGCCAGCAACAUAAGUCAAACGUUCAGAUAAAGGAGUGAGUCCAUCUUUUCUUUCCCGUUGAGCAGCUGCCCCUCUUCCGUAGAGAAGUUAUUCACAUUUGUCAUUGCUCGGUUAGCUCACGAGUUUAACGUUGCUCUUUGAAAAUGGCGGACCUACCACCGGAGAAGAGCCUGGACGAUUUCUUCGCCAAGCGGGAUAAAAAGAAGAAGAAAGAAAAGGGAAAGAGCAAAGAGCCCGUCGUCGGCCUCACAACGGCCGUGAUUAAAAAGACCAAGCGGGAAAAGGAAAAAUCCACCAAAAACGACAAUCAAGACGCGCAGAUUGAAAAGGAGGAUGAGGAAUGGAAAGAGUUUGAGCAGAAAGAAGUUGACUACAGCGGGCUGCGGCUCCAAGCUCUGCAAAUAAGUGACGAGAAGGAGGAGGAGGAGGGGUAUGAGAAGGAGGAGGUUGGUGAGGAUGGAGAGAUCAUUCUGGUCAGUGGAGACAAGGUGUCAGGUCCCUGGAACAAGUCUGGUGCUGCUCCGGUUCCUGCUGCUGCUGCACCACCACCUGUCGAGGAGGUAGAGGAGCCUGAGUCGAAGCCUUCUGGUGUAUAUCGCCCUCCAGGGGCUCGGCUGACCACUACCAGACGAGGCCCCACCCAGGGGCCUCCUGAGAUCUUCAGUGACACACAGUUCCCCUCACUAAUGGCCACCUCCAAGCAUGUGGAGACACGCAAGGACCGAGAAAUGGAGAAGACCUUUGAGGUGGUGAAACACAGGAACCGUGGUAGAGAGGAGACCGGCGGUACCACCUCUAUGCAGCAAUUGCAGCUUGACAACCAGUACGCCAUCCUGGGGGACAAGUAGAGGCGCUCCCCACCAUCCUCUGGCCCCUCCAGCAAGGUCCUGCCCGGCCCCUCGGAGGGAGCUGAACUCCAGCUAUGUUGGCUGCAGUCCUGACGGAGCUCACCUUGCCACCAUCACCACACUGGUCACACACACACACACUUCCGCACACACACAGCCUCAUAUACAUACGCUCACAUACACACCACAUACAGUGAAGCUCCCUUUAAAUCAAAAGUUACACACUUUACAGACAUUGGUUGGCAAAACUGAAGGACUGCAUCUGAAGGGGCAGUUGACAAAGGAAUAUUUGACAAGGAAAUGGCAAAAAUACACCCAAAAGUACAAAACUUCGGCAGCAACAACAGACUUUGUGGAUUGUACUCGGAGCAGCAGUUGUGUGGCGCAGCUCUUCUCUGGACUUCUACUUGCUUUGAUAAAGCCACAGAAGAUAACGUCAGGCGAGAUGAUUUUACAAACUUCUGUGAAAAUAUCUAUUUUUUUGCAAGAUCGUUAUGACCCAAUCGCACAUGGUAUUUUGGGGUGUGUUUUUGAGUUGUGGUGGAGAGCUUCUGGGAUGUUGCCACAGCAGCAUAGCUGACUACGUGGAUUGAGCUUUUUUCUUUUGCCAUGGUGGUGAAUGGGGCAAACACCAGCCUCCAUCCCAUCCCCUCGCAUAUACAAGCCGGCCAUCAGGCUCUUUAAUUUUAGAAACUUGAAGCUUUGUUUGUUUCCCUUGAUGAUGAUGACGAUGAUGAUAACACUCUAUGAUCUAUGGCCAAGAAGCGAUAGGUUGUGGUCCUCCAUUCAGAAUUUCUAUACAAAGUGACCUUACUGAUAAAAACUGCUUUGUCAUCUGAUGAGAACUUUGUUGUCUUCUGGAUCUCAACACUUGGUGUCACCAAACCAUAUACGAAUGAAAAAUAAUCCUUCUGUUCAAGAAUGUAGUGCUGUUGUAGUUUGCCUGGUGAUUGCCAUGACCCACUGUCUUUUAAAUCCACCGUUUGGAUUUUCUUGUCCUUGCUUCAUUUUGGUAUUUUCAGACAUCAGAUAAAUAGCAAUUAAAACCGGUUUCUGUCAAACAUUCAUUUUUAUUUUUUUGCCCAACAUUUGUUUACCGUGGUUUGACACCAGCUGGUCAAAGAUGUUACAAGUAUCAAAGAACGACCAACCACUUAAAAAUAUAUAUAUAUAUUUUUUGGUUUUGCCUACUGAGCUCACAACUUUUAGUAUUUAAGUGCUACAUUUCGAUCUCAGUUUUAAGACUUCUGUUUUUUAAUCAAGGCUUUCCUCAUGAGUAUACAUGCUGUGUCAGACCUCAUUGCAGUUUUGUAGAACAAGUGGUUGUGUGUGACUUCAUUUCUAGAGUUACGGUAAAAACAUACUGUCACCAAACCAACAGAGUACUAUUCACUUACAACACGUUUGCCAAGUUAGAUAUCAAAAGGGUUUUUACUGCAAGCUUAGUUAUGUUUAGAAAGGUAAAGAACUUGAUUUAUGUUCUGUUCCUGUCAUUUCUAUAAAAGAUGUCAGGGAGAGAUGAUCCCUGCUGGAACACUUUUUGGGUGGACGUAGAUAAUAUUUGUGAAUUAAAAGAGAAGAGCCGAACACAAAAAAUAAAGUGAUCCUUGUGAUUUGAA